GCGAUCGGGGCUCAUGAGAAAAGCUUCGGAGCGCGGAUUCGGUUUGAUUCUUUACCCGCAACGCAUUUUCUGCUUCUUCUCGUUUUCAGCGUCGCCGUUUCAAGCGUGGCAACUGUGGACGGGCUCACGGGAGUGGGCUGCUGCCCACCAAGUCUCACCGUGUUUCGGGGGUGCUGAGAAGAAGAAGAUGUAAGAAUCCGCAGGCAUCCCCGCAGAUCAUACGGACGGAGCCAAAAUGCAGAAAGGCGUGCGCCUCAACGACGGCCACAUCACAUAUCUGGCCGUUUUGGCCAAAAAGGACGGAACGAGACGAGGCUGCUUGAGUAAGAAGAGCUCCGACAACACAAAAUGGCAUUCAAAGUGGUUCGCUUUGUUGCAGAAUAUGCUGUUUUAUUUCGAGAACGACUCCAGCUCACGCCCCUCCGGACUCUACCUGUUAGAGGGAUGCGUGUGUGACAGAGCGCCGUCGCCCAAACCGUCCCUGUCAGCGAAGGAGUGUUUGGAGAAGCAGUAUUACUUUACAGUCACAUUCAAUCAUGACAACCAGAAGGCUCUGGAGCUGCGGACGGAGGACGUCAAGGACUGCGAUGAGUGGGUGGCUGCUAUCACACAGGCCAGUUACAGGAACCUGGCUACAGAGCAUGAAACCCUCAUGCAGAAGUAUCUCCAUCUACUCCAAAUAGUGGAGACAGAGAAAACGGUUGCCAAGCAACUUCGACAACAGAUCGAGGACGGGGAAAUCGAGGUAGAGCGGCUAAAAUCAGAGAUCAGUGGCCUGCUCAAGGACAACGAGAAGAUCCAGCUGAAUCCAGAGGUUCCCCCCAGUGACAACGACACGGAGAUCAAGAAGAUCAAAAAGGUCCAGAGUUUCCUGCGUGGCUGGAUUUGUCGCAGGAAGUGGAAAACCAUCAUCCAGGACUACAUCCGCUCGCCGCACGCCGAGAGCAUGAGGAAGAGGAACCAGGUGGUGUUCAGCAUGCUGGAGGCGGAGGCCGAAUACGUGCAGCAGCUGCACAUCCUGGUCAACAACUUCCUGCGGCCGCUCCGCAUGGCCGCCAGCUCCAAGAAGCCGCCCAUCACACACGACGACGUCAGCAGCAUCUUCCUCAACAGUGAGACCAUCAUGUUCCUCCACCAGAUCUUCUACCAGGGCCUGAAGGCCAGGAUCGCCAGCUGGCCCACACUGGUGCUGGCCGACCUGUUCGACAUCCUGCUGCCCAUGCUGAACAUCUACCAGGAGUUUGUGAGGAACCACCAGUACAGCCUGCAGAUCCUGGCCCACUGCAAGCAGAACCGAGACUUCGACAAGCUGCUGAAGCAAUAUGAGGCCAAACCCGACUGUGAAGAGAGGACGCUGGAGACCUUCCUCACCUACCCCAUGUUUCAGAUACCUCGGUACAUCCUGACUCUUCAUGAGCUGCUGGCUCACACUCCCCAUGAGCACGUGGAGAGGAACAGCUUGGACUACGCCAAGUCAAAGCUCGAGGAGCUAUCCAGGAUCAUGCACGAUGAGGUGAGCGAGACGGAGAACAUCCGCAAGAACCUGGCCAUCGAGCGGAUGAUCGUGGAGGGAUGCGAGGUGCUGCUGGACACCAGCCAGACGUUCGUCAGACAAGGUUCCCUGAUCCAGGUGCCGAUGAGUGAGAAGGGGAAGAUCACGAGAGGCCGACUGGGAUCUCUGUCUCUGAAGAAGGAAGGCGAGAGGCAGUGUUUCCUCUUCUCCAAACACCUCAUCAUCUGCACCCGAGGCUCCGGGGGCAAACUUCACCUCACCAAGAACGGGGUGGUGUCACUCAUAGACUGUACACUGAUUGAGGAGCCAGAGGGCACGGACGACGAGGCCAAGGCGGAGCGGAGCGGCCAGGACGCGGAACACCUGGACUUCAAGGUGAUGGUGGAGCCCAAGGACGGACAGACGCACACCGUCAUCCUGGUGGCGUCGUCCCGGCAGGAGAAGUCGGCCUGGAUGAGCGACAUCAGCCAGUGCAUCGACAACAUCCGCUGCAACGGCCUGAUGAUGAACGCCUUCGAGGAGAACAGCAAAGUCACCGUGCCGCAGAUGAUUAAGUCCGACACCAGCUUGUACUGCGACGACGUGGACAUCCGCUUCAGCAAGAUGAUGAACUCGUGUAAGGUUCUGCAGAUCCGCUACGCCAGCGUGGAGCGGCUGCUGGAGCGGCUCACGGACCUGCGCUUCCUCUCCAUCGACUUCCUCAACACCUUCCUGCACUCGUACCGGGUCUUCACCAGCGCCGACAUAGUGCUGGACAAGCUCAUCACCAUCUACAAGAAGCCCAUCAGCGCCAUCCCUGCGCGGUCUUUGGAGCUUUUCUUCGCCAGCAGCCAAAACAACAAGCUCCUUUACGGCGAGUCGCCCACGUCACCACGUGCCAGCCGCAAGUUCUCCUCACCCCCUCCCCUCUCCAUCACCAAGACGUCCUCACCCAACCGCCGCCGCAAGCUCUCGCUCAACAUCCCCAUCAUCACCGGGGGCAAAGCCCUGGAUCUGGCUGCGCUCAGCUGUUCCCCCAACGGCUAUGCAAGCAUGCACCCCACCAUGUCGCCCUUCAGUAAGACCACCCUGGACAUCAACAAGCUCUACGUCUCCAGCACCAUGAGCAGCAAAAUCCCUGACGAGGGCGAGACCAGAGCUGAAGGCAAAGCUGACGAGGGCGUCCUCAACAAGCAAGACCUGUCUGUGAGAGAGGAAUGUGACGAAGACCCAAAUCAAAGCGACGAGGCUGAGGCAGAAAUGUCUCCCCCCAAGUCUCCAUCCACUCCCAAGAACGUCAAGUCCAAAAACUCUGAGUUCUCCCUGUUCUCCUUCAACAACGGCAUGGUGGUGUCGUCCUGCCGGGAGCUGGACAACAACCGCAGCGCCCUGUCGGCCGCCUCGGCCUUCGCCAUCGCCACGGCCGGCGCCAACGAGGGCACGCCCACCAAGGAGAAGUACCGCCGCAUGUCCCUGGCCGGCACGGGGUUUCCCACCGACCAGCGGAACGGAGACAAGGAGUUUGUGAUCAGAAGAGCUGCCACCAACCGAGUGCUCAACGUGCUGCGUCACUGGGUGUCCAAGCACUCGCAGGACUUUGAGCUGAACGUAGAGCUGAAGAUACGCGUCAUUGGCUUCCUGGAGGAGGUGAUGCAUGACCCAGAGCUCCUGACACAGGAAAGAAAGGCAGCUGCCAACAUCAUCAGGACUUUAACGCAGGAGGACCCCGGGGACAACCAGGUCACCCUGGAGGAGGUCACGCAGAUGGCCAUGGAGGACUGCAGGACCGAACCGUUCGAGAGCCACUCGGCCCUGGAGAUAGCGGAGCAGCUGACUCUGCUGGACCACCUGGUCUUCAGGGUCAUCCCAUACGAGGAGUUCUUUGGGCAAGGAUGGAUGAAGAACGACAAGAACGAGAGAACGCCGUACAUCAUGAGAACCACCAAGCAUUUCAACGAGAUCAGUAACCGGAUCGCCUCAGAGAUCCUCCAGUGGGACGACGUGAACGUACGAGUGGCCGUGGUUGAGAAGUGGGUGGCGGUGGCCGACAUCUGCCGCUGCCUCCACAACUACAAUGCUGUGCUAGAGAUCACGUCCUCUAUGAACCGCAGCUCCAUUUUCCGCCUCAAGAAGACCUGGCUCAAAGUGUCCAAGCAGACAAAAACUGUGAUUGACAAGCUGCAGAAGCUGGUGUCGUCAGAGGGACGAUUCAAGAACCUGAGAGAGGCUCUGAAGAACUGUGACCCGCCCUGCGUCCCCUACUUGGGCAUGUACCUGACGGACCUGGCCUUCAUCGAGGAGGGGACGCCCAACUACACCGAGGACAACCUGGUCAACUUCUCCAAGAUGAGAAUGAUUUCCCACAUUAUCAGAGAGAUACGUCAGUUUCAGCAAACAGCUUACAAGAUUGACUAUCAGCCAAAGGUGGCGAAGUACCUGCUGGACAGCAGCACGGUUCUGGACGAGGAGAGUCUGUACGAAACGUCUCUGAGGAUCGAGCCCAAAGCGUCGUCGUGAAGAGCCACGCGUCCCCGUGUACAUAGACUCACUGGUUUUAGACACCGUAGGCUGUGCCCUUCCUUCGUGCUCCCUCACAGACUUGUUGUGUAAAAUCGUUAUUAGAGACCCAGUAGAAGCCCAGAGAGGUUUUAUUUAUAUAGUUACAGAGUAGUUAUGUGUUACUUAUUGUCUUAAGCACCAUUUUAUGAACAGAUGUAUGAAGAAUAGCUGACAUUUUUUGAUUUCGUCAUGAGAACGUGACACAUGACGAGCAGAGAGACAGGUUUGGUGCUGAGAGCAUCAGAGAGGGGGACGCCACCUGUGGUAGAAACAGAGGGGCAUUGUGGGUAAUUAGAGAAGUUGAAUGAUGUGCUCGGAUGGUUUUUAUGCUUUGCUUGACGUCACCCUAUUCCCCUGGUGGGCAACACGAUGUACGUAGAGUCUGAGCGCCAGGCAGAGUAUGUAGCAGAUGUAACCAACACGGAAGCCGAGCUCCAGCGGUUCCACUCAGCGAGAGCACGGCUCCUACGGUCCAGCCCCUUUGGCCGGUGCAUUAUGGUUUUGCCUUAAUCACGAACUGGUUUAUAUACCACUAACGCGUGUAAGCUAUUUUGUUCUUGGAUUUGCUAAUGACGCCGAACUACUGAGUAGAGCAACGUGUACAGGCAGACGUGGCUCCGCUCUGUGUACGAUACGGAUGAGUGUAAGACAUUCUGUAUCCUGUCUACUCCAACGUGUCAACAGGAGCUACAUGCUAGUAAUAUUGUGCUUAUUCUUGGAAUAUUUCUAUGUAUUUUCUACAAGCUUUGUAUAAAAAACACCGGACGCUUCUAAGUGGCAGGCAUGUUCUAAUCCGUCUAUAUCUAGGAUGUGCUGUAUUUACACCCCACCCUUGCACAUGGAUCUGUACCCUCCUAGCAGGCACAUCUGAUGUGUGCAGUGAGCAAUACCCUGUGGUAUGAGAAUUAUAUUUAAGUCUAUUUCAACAGCUUGAGCAGUAUUUCCAGUUUUGUAUAAAAGUGUAUUCUUUCCUGAUUACCUCUUAUUAAUAAAGCGAUUCUUUCUCAGGGGGAGAA